AUGGACUAUAACCAACCGCUUGACAUCUUACAUCGGACGCAAGAAGAUGUUUGGGUCGAUGAGAUCAAUAAAGUUCGCAUAAACGAGCGUCUUUGCGAAUGGGUCGCUAGCUUUCACCCCGAGAAAAUUCCCUGCCAGCUGCAUGGUGGCUUCUUGAACGGCUCAUACAAUAUUAGCCAAAAGGUCCUUUUUGGGGAUGGUGCUAUGUGGUUACUCCGUUUCCCUCGCGUGAAGAGCAUUUGCCCUGAAUACGCCGAUGAAAAAGUUGUUAUGGAAGUGGAAGCUCUCUCUCUUAUCCGCGAAAGAACAAGCGUUCCUGUUCCUAAUAUCAAGGCCUGGGGUCUUGCUGGUAGCAAUCCUUUGGGCCUUGGUCCUUUUAUUUUGAAGGAUUUUAUCGACGGGGUGUGUCUCAAUGAUGUAUUCACCGGAGGCGAUUCCAGGCUACUCAAAAAGGACAUUCCAGACAGCGACCUCGAGGUUGUGUAUACACAGAUAGCGAACUUCAUGUUGCAAAUUUUCGAGAUCAAUUUUGACCGAAUUGGAAGUUUGCCUACGCCAAAAACUGGUUAUUCUGCUCCUAUCCGACCACUGACAUGGAAGGUGCACGAGAUUGCACAAACUGGGGGGGGUUUUCUAGGUGAUCGAACCCAGGGUUUCUCGACAACUAUGGAGUACUUUCAGUACGUUAUUAACCAAGACUCGCAACAACUUCGAGAUCAACCCAAUUCAAUCACAGGGAGGCUAGAUGGUAUCUCCAAAUACACUUCACUCAAAGUUCUGGAAUCAUUGAUACCCCAGUUUGUGAAUGUGAAGUAUGAGAAUGGGCCUUUUAAACUUAUCUGCGAUGAUUUCGGCCCAUCAAAUAUGAUAGUAAAAAGUGAUAAAGAUCUAACAAUUGUUGGGGUUGUGGAUCUUGAGUGGGCGUAUGCGGGACCAGCACAGUUGUUCGGUUCAGCUCCUUGGUGGCUUCUUCAUGACCGACCAGUUAACGAAGAGUGGGAUUUUGAGGACGGCAACGCUCCUGAGGCCACUAAGCGGUAUUUCGACUGCCUUGGUAUCUUCAAGGAAGCGUUGACAAAAGAAGAGGCGAAAAUGUCUAGAAGCCAGGAGACUGACCUCCCUAGCCUUGUCAAAUGGUCCGAGGCUUCAGGGGCUAUGUGGGCUCAUAUGCUCCUAUCCAGUGGGUUUUUUGAUUCCUUCAGUUUCCCUUGUAUGCAGCUACGGCAAUAUAUGGGUGAUCAGUGGUGGAGAGAACGUGUCAAUGAGGUGGAAAUUAGACCGGAGGUGAAUCAGUUUGUGACUGACAAGCUCCGAGACUUGAAUGAUUAUGACAAAAAGGUUGAUGUAAUCGAGGAGCUCAAGAGCUACCUGGAUCGUGGCCAGAUGACGAGGGACGAGGUUAUUGUGGCUGUCGGUGGACUGUUGUGA